GCACACGUGCGAGCAAACGAAACAACAGACAUCUUGCUUAAUCAAACAAGAUGGCGAAAACUCAAAUUGAAACCGUCCUUGGCCCAGUGAACGCCGAAGAUUUGGGCAUAACAUUCACACACGAACACCUAACCAUUGACUACUCCAAUUGUGCCAUGCCGCCAAGCAAAGACUCCGACAAGAGCAAAAUUAACGAACCAAUCACCCUAGACAACCUUAACUGGCUUCGACACAAUCCAUACAGCUGUGUGGCUAACCUAAAUCUCGCAAAAGAGAAGGAUGCUGUUUUGUCGGAUUUAAAGUUGCUCAAGCAAGCAGGAGGGUGUACCAUAGUGGAAAAUACGUGUAUUGGAAUCAACCGUGAUGUGGCGGCCAUGAUAGAGAUGGCGAAGUUGAGUGGACUGAAUGUUGUCUGUGGAACUGGGUUUUAUGUGGAGAGAACUCAAACGGAUAGCGUAAAGAAUGCAUCAGUUGAGGAAUUGUCCAAGGUAUUAGUCUGACUCAGGUUUUACACAAAGCACGGAUAGUGCUAUCUACUGGGUGGUCAUUCGGUCAAGCUUUUUAAUUGGUAUUAAAAUUCAGUAUUUAUAAAUUAUAUAUAUGCGGCUCUCCAGCCCUACAAACUGUACUUGAUUUUAAAACGCGGAUACGGACGGGCGGACGGAUUAUUAUUAUUAUUUAAAGAUAUUUAAACACGGUAGCCUUUCAUUUGUGUGAUUUUCAAAGGGCCGUGUGUUUAAAAAGAAUUACAGCACUUAUAAGUAGUUAAGAUAUUACAUAUGUUAUGUUUUAUUUGUUCUUCCAGAUUAACAAAAAGGUAAAAUACUUUAAUUUGUCUAACGUUUCGGUUUCCUAAACGGAAACCAUUAUCAAAGACUAUGAAUCUAUUAAAAGUUUUCCGUUACUAUCUUGCGUCAGAUGCAACCUUGCGAGAUUACUGACGCCUGCGUUCAAAUCGGUCUGCGCGUGCACGUUCACUAGCUAUUAGGGAGCUUAAGCAUGUGAGGACGGCAACACGACGACGACGGCAACCAAUACAAUGAGUCAAUGAAAAGAAAUAAAUAAUUAAAGUCCCAGGGGAGUUUCAGACGUGGUCGUCGUUCUGUUUACAACGGUAAAUCACAGAUUUUCACGUAUUUUAUACAACGCCUACAUUUCAAGCCGUAACAUGUGCAACUUAAAAUUCGGUCAGUAGAACUCUUCCCAAACAUAAAACCAAUGUUUUCAGCUUCUUAUACUAUAUUAAAUUCAUACGAAUUAUAAUAUACGACAAGUUUUCUUUACUAUCAUUUAUUGAAGGAAUUUGUUUUGGCCGUCGUCGUCGUGUUGCCGUCCUACAUGCUUAAGCUCGCUAUUAGACUAUAGUACGCGCCUGGCAUAUCGCGGCAAAUGUUAAUGCUGUUGUUUUCGCUCUUGGUAUGCCAGCUCUCGAGAAACAUUCUUUCGUUAACGUUAGUAGCAAAUUCUAACUGAGCAAGUAGCUCCUUCCCAAUUCAUUCGAUGUUUUGUUGACAAAUGAUGAACCGCUAUUUUGUUGCUUGUAUCUUUAUUUGCUACGCUGCGCUUGUGUUCUUUAAUUCUGCAUUCCAGAGUUCUCCCAGUUUCUCCGACAUAGCUUGCAGGGCAUUCUGCGCACGGUAUUUUGUAAACUGCUCCUGUUCGUGAUAUAACAGGUGAUGGAUCUUUUAUCUUCGUAAGGACAUCCCGCAGCGUCGUUGAAGGUUUGUGGGCGACUGUAAUGUUGUGGGGUCUCAAAAUCCGUGCAAUUCUUUCUGAUGUGCCUUUGACGUAUGGAAUGGUAGCAAUGACUUUAUCGUCCUCAUUCGUGAUGGAUGCCUCUGUUGUUGUUAUGUAUUAUUACAACUGCAUAUGAUAUUACAUAUGGAUAUGAUAUACAUAUUGACAUACAUAUAAGAUAUUAUAAAAUAUGGAUAUGGUUAAAAAACUUCCCAUGCCUUUAUAAAUCAUAUCUGCGUUUUAUCCUUUUGGAUAAAAGCAGAUAAGUCAUCCGUAUAGUGAAAACACUGAGUAUCAGUUUGCUCCCUUCCCAGGAAAGUUAUCCUCGCUUCCGCAAGUAACAUUUAUUUAUUAACGCGGCGCAGUUGUCCCCCUGCUCCCUUGUCUCCGAUCCCCGCUCCCCUGUCCCUUACGCCCAUGAAUAUAGCCUAACCCUUGGAAUGUUAUUACUUUAGGUAAUUUUUGAGUUCGGUUUUAAAAGGAUAUAAUGUUUCAGAUAAGACCAUUUCCCUAGGAAGACCAUUCGAUAUUUAUUUUAUUCUAUUUUAAUGAUUUGCCACAGGCACAAACAAUACCACUAAACCAUUACAUAUUGUACAUAGAGUGGAGUGGAGUAGAGUAGAGUAGAGUAGAGUAGAGUGGAGUAGAGUGGAGUGGAGUGGAGUGGAGUGGAGUGGAGUGGAGUGGAGUGGAGUGGAGUGGAGUGGAGUGGAGUGGAGUGGAGUACAGUACAGUACAGUACAGUACAGUACAGUACAGUACAGUACAGUACAGUACAGUACAGUACAGUACAGUACAAGCAGGGACUGACCACAGAGAUAAUUUCCAAUAACGGGUCCCGAACAAAUGCUAACAAUAUAUUUACAUAUCUAUUGACUUUGGCUAACUAUCAACAACAUGUUUUUACUGAAAAACUAGCGAGAGGACGAGUGGAGUGGCGUUUCGUGCACUCUGACUGGGAUGUUCUUGGGUUGUCCGGGUUGUGAAUAUGUUCUAGAAGGUCGAAGUAGUAGUUAAAUGAGGACUUGAAACGAACUAAAGUUCUUGAGGUAUCAUGUACGUAUGUGGCCGGGAAGGAAGAAUGUUCCAAAGUCUGGGAGCUUUCACAUAUAAACUGUUCUGGUACUACUAACAGUCCAGCAUUUAUAUAUUGCUCAUUUAUCUUCCUUCAAUAUUUCAGACCAUUCUAGACGACAUCAAUAACGGUAUUGAUGGUACAAAAGUAAAGCCUGGUAUCAUAGGUGAAGUCGGAUGUUCUUGGCCACUAGCUGAGGUCGAAAACCGUAGUCUCCGCGCAGCUGCGCUUGCGCAAUCUCAAACCAAGACCCCCGUUAUGAUCCACCCGGGACGAGACCCCAUCGCCCCGUUUGAAGACUUGCGUAUUUUUGAGGAAGCUGGCGGGGAUGCUAAACACACCGUAAUUGCUCACCUCGGACGAACAAUUGGAAAGAAAGAGACCCUCCUGGAGUUAGCUGAGACAGGUAUGAAUAUGUAUAUUGUGGCUGUUUAGAUCCCGGGGGGGGGGGGAUGAAACUAGACAACUGAACUGCACCUUUAAGUUUGAAAUGUUUGAUUUUGCAGGUGUAUUUCUUGAGUAUGACCUCUUUGGUUCUGAGAUUUCCUACUUUCAAGAAAUGCCGAGCAUUGACAUGCAAAAUGACGCUCAGAGAAUCGAUAUGAUUGGCUACUUGAUAUCACAAGGUUUUGGAGACAGAAUACUGGUAGCACAUGACGUCCACACAUGUUAUCAACUGACCAAGUAUGGCGGGCAUGGGUACGCACACAUCCUGGAUUACGCCGUACCGAAAAUGCGGUUGAAAGGUAUUUCUCAGACGGACAUAGAUAAGAUAUUGGUCACUAAUCCCAAAAGCUGGCUCACAUAUUACUAACGGUCAACGAUUCCUUAAGUCUAAACAAGUUUUUUUUUAUACUUAGGCCAAAAAAUAUUCUUUUUCUGGUCAGCGCGCGCGUUAUCUUGACUAUGCGCGUCAACUUUUUUUAUGAAAACCGGCUCAUAAUCUCAACUUAUCAUGGUCUUAUCAACUUAUAAUAUGUCACAUGUUUGUGAAUACAUAAUAGAGAGCACAAGCGACGUUUUAAGCCCGUUUUCCACUGGGCGAAUUUGUUCGCGCGAAGCGAAAAACAAAUAUUGGCAAUGUGAUUGCUGGGCGAAAAAUUUCGCCGCGAAAGAGUUGGAUCAGUUCCUACUUCUUUUACGGCUUGCGCGAACAAAUUCGCCUAGUGGAAAAUGGAGUUUGGUAAACACGGACAUCAGAUCGCCGAGAGCUGUGUUUGCAUGUGUCAGCUUGUGGUAAUCUUCAACGACACAUGCAUAUGACAAAACAUAAGAUUUUUAAAGUUUUUUGCUUCCUUGCACGAGCGCUAUGAUGCAAAAUGCCGCCAAAAUUAGUUCUACCAAUUUUCGUGUGAUGUCCGUGUUGACAAAAACGUCGCUCGCUUAAAGGACAUUGGCAAUAAAAAAUUAGUUUAGUUCACUGAUUUGAAACAACUCCUAUAAAACUAUAUAUUAAACUCUAUUACAGAUUGUUUAUAUAUUGCUUAGUUUUCAAAAUAUUUCGAUUGAAAAAAUUGAGCUGUUCGCCAUCUUGGAUUAUUGAGGAUAUGCAUGUUACGUCAAGAGAGGGGUCACACUAAGUUUUUUAUCUUGAGAGUAAGUGAUCAAUAUGAGUCCAAAACUUCGUUUCUGUUGCUGUCUGAAAUUUAGAAAUGAUUAAAAACUUCAAACAAUGAAUAAAAUUUCAAACAAUUUUGGACUGUUGCUCGGUCAUUUUAGAGUAGUUUUAUAUGGUUAACCCAACUCCUGACGUCAUCAAAACCAUAGUUAAUGAGGUAAAGCAUUUUUCCAAGAUGGCGGAAAGCUCAUUAAUUUCGUUCUAAAUAUUUCGAGAACUAAGCAAGAUAUGACAAAUCGGUAAUAGAAUUUAAUAUAUAAUUUUAAGAGUUCUUUUGAAUGAGACAAACUAAUUUUUUAUUGCCAAUGUUCUUUAAGCUCGAAACGUAGUGCAUGUUGUUUUUUUUUGUGAGAGAAUAAAGCACUGUUCUUGUGAUAUUUCGUAUUUGAUAUAUUUCUAUUGUUUUCUACACCUGAAAAUAUUAUUCUAUAGUAGUCCUCAUUUUAUUUCAUGUCAACUCGGUGACAGACAGUGUAUAAGCAUGAAAAAUCAAUGUAUUAUAUGUGCUUUUAGAAACUAGACUGAAGAUGUACUCGCAAUUUCUGCAAAAAGCGUUGCCUUGAAAAAAAAAUGAAAAAGAAAAGCCGUGUGUGCGCGUCAAUUUUGGACAGACAAACUGACCAGAAACAGAAUAUUUUUUCUAUGCCUUUCGUUUUUUCGUAAACUGAAACAAUAGUUAAGGCCAUGUUACACGGUGCAAUUUUCUUGCAACUUGCAAUGCAAUUCUACUCUUGAGAGAUGUAAAAUUGCCAAAUACGAGUCUUCAUUACACUCCGCUGAUGUUUUCUCAACAUAUCGAAAAUUCUUCACUGAUUUCACUAAUUAACAUCUCUCAAGAGUAGAAUUGCAUUGCAAGUUGCAAGGAAAAUUGCACCGUAUAACAUGGCCUUUAGUGACUGAGCUAAUUUUUAAAAGAUUAUAGCUACAUGAUAGAAUCAUUGCACUUUGCCUUGUUUCCUGAGAUCAAAUCUUUGUAGUCGCCAGACAGAAUAAAGCGAACCAAACUUAAGUUUAUAAUUUUUAUUUACUUUAUAAAAUACUAAAUUUGUUUAUUUACAUGCAAAUUAUCAACAUGCUUGCGCAGUUUCUAACCACAUGUAAAGUCUACGACGUCGUCAUCGAAGUGGUCGCCGCGGUUUCGCCUUUCUUGAUUUCUUGAGUAAUUUGCGAUAAAUCUUGAAUGAACGUCUGAAUCUAAAGAGAAAAUAA